GCGUCAUUCGAGCCAGUCGGACUUAACCUAUAAGUUAGUAUCUGCAAGGCCAUGGCAUUGAGCAAUAUCUCUCGACAGUCAAGUAAAGCAAUGACAAGUCUCCGAUUGGCCCUGGUUCAACUUGCCGUAACCGACGACAAGGCGACAAACAUCUCCCGAGCAAUCUCUUUUGUUGAACGGGCAAAACAACAAGGCGCCGACGUCGUUGCACUUCCAGAGUGCUUCAACUCACCUUAUGGAACUGCACAUUUUCCAAAUUACGCUGAAAAUGUUCCCGCGGGUGAAACAAGCCUUGCACUAUCAGCUGCAGCUAAAAAAAAUGGAAUUCACAUAAUCGGUGGUUCCAUUCCGGAAAGAGACGGGGAAAAGUUUUUCAACACUUGCACAGUCUGGGAUUCCGAAGGAAAAUUCAUCGGAAAAUAUAGAAAGGUGCACUUGUUCGAUAUUGAUGUAAAAGGAAAAAUGACAUUCAAAGAAAGUGACACCCUCACCGCUGGGAAUGAUCUUCUUACGUUUCACGUUAAGGGCUGGAAGAUUGGUUUGGGAAUCUGCUACGACAUUCGAUUUGAAGAGUUCGCUCGUCUGUACCGUAACUUAGGGUGCCAAUUGAUGUUCUAUCCUGGUGCUUUUAACAUGACUACCGGACCGUUGCAUUGGUCUCUUUUGCAACGAGCCCGUGCCAAUGAUGCCCAACUUUAUGUUGCCGGCGUAUCUCCGGCCAAAGUAGAUGGUUCCGGAUACGUAGCUUAUGGUCACACGCAGCUGACGGACCCCUGGGGAAAGGUGCUUAACGAGUUGGAGUUCGCAGAAGAUAUAAUUGUCGCUGAUAUUGAUAUGGCAGUCGUUGAUGAGGUCAGAGCCCAGAUUCCAAUUUUUGGCCAACGUCGAACGGACUUAUACGAAACAACUUGGAAGAAAAAUUAGCACAAACGGCGAAAAAAAUUGUAUCUAUCUUAAAAUGGAUUUCGAAUUUGAAAAAACGAAAUUUUUAUUACUCACCAAACCCAU